ACCCAGCGGAGAGACAGAAAUCAGGAAUGGGAUAAAUACACUUAGUUCACAGCUGGCCAGACUGCUCAAACGUGCCAUGAACAUUCAGUGACCCUCGACGACGAUUGGCUGACAAUAUCAUUAUAACCUAUCAACCCCUGUGUGCAACCCCGGAUCUCGAGUUGGACGAAUCAUCGCGGCCGGCCAAGCCAAACAUGGCAACAGAAAAGAGGCCCUUUAGGGUGAUCAUUGUCGGGGGUGGCAUCGGCGGCCUUGUGCUGGCCAAUAUGCUGCAGGAGUUUGACAUUGAAUAUGUGAUACUGGAGGCGUGGACCGAGAUCGCUCCGGCCGUCGGCGCCAGCAUAGGAAUGAUUGCCAACGGGCUUCGCAUCCUGGAUCAGAUUGGUUGCUAUGAGCCUCUGAGAAAGCUUCUAAAGGAGUUGAACGAUCACAGCUGCUUGCGCUACCAUGAUGGCCAGCCUUUUGCUACUACCAUGGAUCCCCAGUUGCACGAAAUCAAACGGCAUGGGUAUCCCAGUCUGUUCAUGAACCGUCAGUGGCUUUUGCAGUUUCUGUACGAUCAUUUGAAAGAAAAGGACCGCGUGCUCUUGGGCAAAAAGGUUACCCGUAUCGACCAUAUCCCCGGAGCCGCAAGGGUCUACACAGAAGACGGAUCAUCUUUUGAGGGUAGCAUUGCCAUUGGGGCAGACGGUGUCCACAGCGUCGUGCGCAAGGAGCUUAACCGUCUAGCCCAAAAAGAACGACCGCAAGCUUUCCCGGCCGACCAGGAGGAAGGCAUCCCGGCUUUUUACAAGUGUUGUUUCGGGAUCUCCCAAAACGUCGACGGCUGGCCGGAUCGCCAUGUCACUGCCACCUUCAACAAGAACAUAACGUGUACCGGCCUUUCUGGUCCGGAGAACCUCGUUUACUGGUUUCUCUUUGCACGGUUUCCCGAAACCAAGCAUGGCAAAGACAUUCCAAAAUUCACAGCCCAAGACUGCGACGCUUUCGCCCAAGAAAUUGCAGAAGCCAAUGUUACUGAUACCAUCAAGUUUCGCAGCUUAUACGACAAGAGGAUCUCGGCGACCUUGACGCCGCUGCAUGAGAUGGUUUACAAGACGUGGUUCUACAAACGUGUCUUUCUCCUCGGCGACUCUGCGCACAAACCGAACCCGCUGUCGGGCCAGGGAGCCAACGGGGCGAUUGAGACCGCGGCUGAACUAAUCAACGCGAUUCUUGACGAACGCGAUAGUCGCCCGGCGGGCCUGCAGGAUCUGUCCGUCGACGACAUUGAGGGCAUGUUCCUGCGGGUGCAGACGGCACGUGCAUCGCGCAGCCGCGCGGUCGUCAAGGAUUCCUACGACCGCCUGAGCUUGUUGACGAGCCAAAAUCCGACAGUGACAGCCGCGGUCAAAGCCAUGAUGAAAUACGCCCCCAGCAGCUACAGGGACUUUGCCGCCAACUCGGAUAUUAUCGCUGGCGCAUCCCGCAUCCAGAAACUCCCCGUGCCGCACAGACCUAGGGCUAUUCCCUUCGAGGAUGAACGUCCGGCCAAGCCCGUCCGCGCCACCACCGCCAAAGUUGUGCUAAACCUCUUUGCCAUUACCAAUCUCGCCCUUGCCCUCCUCUGCCAGGAAUCGAGAACGGUCGCCCCGCUUUGGCAGCAGGUUGCGCCGGUUCUCUUCUUCACGGUCGAAGGUUACCGUUACGGCCAUACGAAUUCGCUACUCGGCAUGCCUAGCAUUACGGCACUUUGCUUACAUACCCUGGGUGCCGGUCGGGUUUUUCCCGUGUACUCGGCGGUGUAUGGACUUGCGGCAUUCCGACAACCGCCUGGUCGCCACGUUGACCUUAUGGCUGCAAAAUCCAUGUUUCGGACGGCCGUUCUAGGCUGCGCCCUGGUGCUGUUGGUUAAACUUGCUCUUGAAAGCCGGUCGGGCACGGCAAUCUCAUGGAGGGACCUGACGCAAUUUGUGUCACUUUUUCCCAUUCUCGUCUGGGGUUUAAACAACCUAAUCAAAAAGACCAAGCCCAAAGCCCGGAACCCUUCCGAGCCAGAAGCCUUUGGGUUUUACAAGACCGCCGACAUGCCCUUCCUCCGAGCGCUGUACGGCUGUGCCUUUGCUGUGCAGGCAGCCGUUCACCUUGCCAGUGGCGGAUACUCCAACGCUGCUGGACCCUUGUCCGGAUCUAUUUCGGGCGUGGCAAGAUCGCUGGUAGAUGCCACGUCCACCAGCGGACCUGCAUACCACAGCCUGCUGAUGGCCAACCUGCAUGCCAUUUGGGACCUCAGGGCGCAUGGUUACGUUACAACACCCAGGGCGCUCAGAGCCGCAUUGGGUGCAGCUGCUGGGCAGGCCCUCGUCGGGCCCGGGGCGACGUGGGCUGGUCUUUGGUGCUGGCGCGACGAGGUCUAUGCCAGCAGCGCCAUCGAGUAAAUGGGAUGUUGGAUGGGUCGAGAUGCUUAUGUGAAGAAAUCCUUGCAUUUCAUAUAAUUGUAAUUAUUUUUUAGAGUUUGAGGUUCAAGCCUACUUUGUUUAAUGCUAAUAUCCGUAGCAUACUGCGU